CAAGGAAAAAACUCAGUGAAUGAGGCUUACGUUAAUUAUAAAUAUUAGUGGUGGACAUUAUYAUUUCAGGCCACGUGAUAGCACAGGCAUAUUUACCCAAGCCUAUCUUAUCAACAAAGAUGGAACAAAUGACUUGGAAACAAUAUCGACUGCUUUUCAGAAUGGCUUAAGUGGUAACAGUGACACAGUUAAAGUAGUAGUUACCGACAUGAGAUGUCAAUAUAGAAGUGUCUCCAUGUACCUCAGUGAUCAAUAUACGUUUCCAAAAGGAGUGCCRUGCUCCAUGAAAUAUACCAUAGGAGUAGAUAUCAACCCCUUGACGUGUAAUAAAAGUGAUUUACAAAUCAUAAACAGAACCAAGGCGUUUCUCAUCGAUCCAAAGACCUUAAAACUGAAUGGGGAAGUACUAUUACUUGACACAGAAAAUGGMACUACAAAUCCAGUUAUUACCCCUGGCAAGCUUAAGUAUGGCACCUAUUUAAUAAGGUUGAGAACAUAUAUUGUAUAUUCCAGAGUAGUUCAUGAAUUCCGAUAUGGAUAUAUCAAGAUCACUGAAGUCACACCAACUUUGACGGUGACAACAUCUCCUUCCACCCUUACAAGCAUUGAUCCUCUUGAACACAAGACCAUUUCUCUGCAUGCAAAUCUUACYUUUCGUUAUGGRUGUCCACCWGAAGCGGGUUUUGACUGGAGAUUUGUAAAAUACUAUUGGUACUGUAGACGUUCAACAGAGCGGCCUUUGUUUUUUGUAAGAGACUUAAAUGCGCUUCCUUACAYCACUCCAUCGCUCAACUCGAGUGUAGACAAUGGAGGCUGCUUUGGCACGGGACCUGGUUUACUGAAUACAACAAACUUUGAAUUAGUUCUCAAGACAACAGAGCUUGUGCCCAAUAUUACACUGACGAUGGAAUUGAUUACUGUCAUAGCUAACACUAGACCUUAUAAAACGGUUCUAAUCCAGAUUGCUGCAAAGAACGACAACAAUCCAGAAGGUUCAGAUGAAAAKUGGUCAAAAAUCUACUGCUCGUUCAGGAUAACCUCCAUCCCCUUCAACAAUUUCUUGUUGAACAAAACAUCACGCGAAUUUAUAGACUUGUCCAUUGAAAUCGUUACUUCGAUACAAGUGCUAUACGAACAGCUUAAAAUCACGGCGAAGUGGAAAGUCAACCAAUUCUUGAAUGGCAGUGUUAUUGUACAGCUAGAAGUGGAGUUUAAUCCAGCAAAAAUGUCCGUCGAAAAAUUGAAAGAAAUCUUUCACAAUGGCAUACGGAAUGGCAGUCUUGGCAGAAUGGAAGUGGAUCGAAACACUGUGGUAUUCUCUAGUACCAAUACAAGUGAUUCCAUUAGUGGAGUCCUGUAUUUCAGUAGCAAAAUUAAGAUUCUUGGCAACUGGAAUUUUAACGAAUCAGUUUGGAGUAGUCGAUGUUCUUCCGAAUUUUUGAAUCUCUCAUCUCAGCUGACCAAUGCGAUUUAUGAAAGAUUGAGUCAACAUGGAUUUUCUGGAAACGUCAGACAACUGCAAUUUCUUUACUUUCUGCCCGAUGGCUCAGCGAACUUUUCAGGACAAGUAGAUCGCAAUGUCAGUACUCAAGUUGAACCAUAUCAUUUGGAGUAUCAAGAGCAUCUAUCAGGUUUUCCAGUGGUGACUUGCAAACAUGAUGAGAAAUGGUCAAAAAUCUACUGCUCGUUCAGGAUAACCUCUAUCCCCUUCCAUGUUUCCUUGUUGAACAGAACAUCAAGCGAAUUUAAAGAGUUGUCCAAUGAAAUCGUUACUUCGAUACAAGCGCUAUAUGAACAGCUUGGCAUCACUGCAAAGUGGAAUGUCAACCAAUUCUUGUAA